UUCCGGCGAGCUGUCAACGUUUUCGGAACGUUCGUGAGACGGUUCGCCUUUUAAUCCAAGUUAAUCAUCUUGGAAUUGUUGUAAUUUGUUAAGAAUAAGUCUUAAAAAUCUACCACAAUGCCGCCUAAGUUCGAUCCUAACGAAAUUAAAAUCGUUUACUUGAGAUGUGUUGGUGGAGAAGUCGGCGCCACCUCUUCUCUGGCUCCUAAGAUCGGUCCUCUGGGUUUGUCCCCCAAAAAGGUGGGAGAUGACAUUGCCAAGGCCACAGGAGACUGGAAAGGUCUGAAGAUCACGGUCAAGCUGAUUGUGCAAAACAGACAGGCGCAGAUCUCAGUGGUGCCCUCUGCAGCUGCCCUCAUCAUCAGAGCACUGAAGGAGCCUCCUCGUGACCGCAAGAAGCAAAAGAACAUUAAGCACAAUGGCAAUAUCACCCUUGAAGAUGUUAUUGGUAUUGCCAAGAUUAUGAGGCCACGAUCAAUGGCUCGUGAGCUGUCCGGCACAGUGAAGGAAAUCCUCGGAACUGCACAGUCUGUAGGAUGCACCGUCGAGGGCAGGCCCCCACAUGACCUCAUCAACGACAUCAACAGUGGUGCCCUAACAAUUGAUGAAUAAAGAAUGAGGACAUA